AUGUCUAUUAUUGCCGGGACUGAAAAACAAUCUUCUUUCAAUCAAACAAAUAGAAACACACAAACUGAAAUACCUUUUCAAACAAUUCAUGUAUCAAAAUUAAGUAAUCCUGCAUCAUUAGUUGAAUAUAAUGGACUUAAAUUCUUAAUUUUUGAUUCACCGACAGAUGACAAUGUUGACAAUUAUAUUUCAGAGCUAAAGAGAUAUAAUGUAACUGAUGUUGUUCGAUGUUGUCAUCCUUCUUAUGACAAAAAAAAAUUAAUAAAUAAUAAAAUUGCUAUUCAUGAAUUGGUUUAUCAAGAUGAGGGGUGUCCUUCAUCACGUAUUAUUUCAGACUUUAUGAGAAUCGUCCAUGCCAUUUUUCCUAACGACCAAAAUCCUCUUGGCAUUACAUUAGGUGUUCAUUGUCUUUCAGGUAUUGGAAGGGCACCAACAUUGGUCGCAAUUGCUUUAAUUGAAUUAGGAAUGGAAAAUACUGACGCAAUGAAAUUAGUUAGACGAAAAAGGAGUGGAGCAAUUAAUGUGCUCCAAUCUCGAUUUAUUCAGUCCUAUGUUCCACAAGAAAAGAGAAUGUGUAAUAUUGCGUAA